CUCGGAAGAAUUGGACACUACGUAGUGACGUUGGAGAACAGAAAUACGCCCAGCCAACAACGAUCGAGCGAACAAUCGAGCGAGACGAGCCCUUGAACUUGAAGAGAAGAGCUGUGAAGAUUGGAGAGAAGGUGAUUGUAAGAAGCUGUGAGCGUCUGUCUGUUUGUCCAUCUAUCGAAGAAAGAGAAUAGACCAUACCAUGGACCGGCUCGAUGUGGACGUCGCCAUUGCGGGAGGAGGUCUGUGUGGGCUGGCCCUCGCCGUCGGGCUUCAGGAACGUGGAAUCGACGCCCAUGUAUUUGAGAAAGCCCCUGCUCUGCGCACGGACUCUGCCACCGCUAUCUCCAUGGCUCUAAAUGGGAUGCGCGCCGUGGAAGGUCUGAAACCCGGCCUAUCGAAGGAGAUGUAUGAUCUCGGGCUCGAGUCCGACGUGAAGCACAUUGUACGCAUAGAAGGCAAACCACAGAUUACGAUUCCCGUCGAUCACAAGAAGGGAGAGUUUUUCAUGAUCGGAUGGCGCUUUUCGCAAGAGCUCCUGGCCAGCAAGCUUGAAGCCUCCCGCAUCCACUGCAAUCACCGGUUCAUGAGUUACAAGCCAACGGAGGAUGGACGUGGGGUCGAUGCCGAGUAUCUGGUUGCCACAGAGGGCGGUCAUGAAACCCGUGUCGUCAGAGCUAAAGUUUUGAUCGGAGCUGACGGACUGUGGUCUAACAUGCGCAAGCAGAUGAUCGGUGACACUCCCCGUUACCUCAACUUCGUGAACUGGAACGCGAUGAUCUACAACCCCGGCGGGAAAGUAUUUAAGUACGCUGAAGGCGAGGUCCACAUGUUACACAGCGCAGACUCGAAUAUUGUCGGCUAUAUUAGUGACUUGGGCCAUGGAUAUGUACUCUGGUUAUUAAGGAUUCUCGACGAGGACGGGAGCUUGGCAGCAGAUUUCUUGGACCGUUCUAGCGGAAAGAAAGAUGCGGCCGUGUGUAAAGAGCGUGCGCUGAGGCAUCUGAAUAUUCCUGGGUGGGAGGACCUGCGAGGCGCUAUAGAGGCUACUGAUCCCGAGCUUAUAUACGAGCGGAGGUCCAUGGACCGUGCACCUCUCGACAAGUGGAGUGAUUGUAAUGGUCAUGCCGUGCUCGUUGGGGACGCUGCACAUGGUAUGUACUCAGCUUUGGGAAUGGGUGCUCGGACUGCCUUCGAAGACGCUCACCAGUUGACUUUAUUUCUUGAAGAAGCUUUCCAGGCGCAAGAUCCGUCGACAGCCAUAUCCGAAGCUGUCUCAAGGUUCGAAGAAGUGCGCGUCGAGCGCAUCAAGAGGAUUCACACUUAUGCUACAGAACUGACAGAUCGACCUCAAUUCAUGCCGAACUGGACGUUGAAUUUGACGCAAAAGGAGCGGGUGGUCAGACUAAACGAAUUUCUUCUUUGGACUUGUCAAUAUCCUGAAAAUCCGUCGUACGAUCCUCAAAGUAAAAACUGGGGUCGAAUUUUACCGCAUUCGGACGAAUGUCAAGCAUUGGAACAGUAGAAAAUUGCGUGGACCUGAAAGGAAAAUAAUAUCCAUUUUUAGGAUUGUGCCCUGACGUCGCCCCAAAUACCUCAGUUACCUGCGAAAGGUUUCCUACGAAAAGUAAACAACAGCAGUUUAUGCUAGGUCUUUAACUGAAGUAUGGGAUAUUUUUUAAUGGGACAUUUGUUAAUAAUUAUUUGCCCUAUCUUAUUUACAGAUGAUGAUAAUUGACGUGUGCAACUUAGAGGAAUAAAAGCCUCUUUGUGUGUGCUUACGCACCAAAAGGAAAAGAUCUGUUACGUUGUUCUAACCACCAUGCGUAGUUGUAACCUAUGUUUGCCAAUAUUUGUCACUCAUGUACCUACAUGUCCUUUGCACAUGUGCUAAACAUAUGUAUAUAUACUUAUAUACAUAGUUACAGCUGUUCCAUACUGUCCAUCAGCUUCAUUCCCUCAUCCUAUUCGUUCUAUCAUACUCGUUUACAAUGUGCACGAUGGAGUGGAAACUUUCGAUUUGUAACAAAGAAUAGAA